UGUAAAGAUGUCCGAACACGACUGUACUUAAAGGCUUUGGGAUCAGACAGAUUAAAAGUCAUUUGCUCUUUUGCUAACAAUAUCAAAGAACAAUGGAAAAAAAUUCAUUUUCCCAACCUGCCCUUCCUGUAAGUUGAUAGUUGCGCUGUUUGCAUAGCUGACCACCCACUGAAGCCAAGGCACGUGAAACUGCUGUCCACUAAAAUGGGCCUGAAAGUCAUGUGGGACCCACCCAAAGAUGCUACCAGUAGACCUGUGGAGUAUUACAACAUUGCCUAUGGGAAGUCACUGAAAAGUCUUAAAUACAUCAAGGUGAAUGCGGAGACACACUCCUUCCUUAUUGAGGAUGUGGAACCGGGGGUAGUGUACUUUGUGCUGGUUACUGCAGAAAACCGCAAUGGAGUGAGCCGUCCAGUUUACAGAGCUGAAAGCCCAUCUGGAGGUGAAUGGAUCAAGAUUGAUGGUUUUCCCAUUAAGGGUCCAGGACCAUUUAAUGAAACCGUCACAGAAAAGGAAGUGCCAAACAAGCCCUUGCGUGUCCGCGUCCGAUCCUCAGAUGACCGGCUGUCUGUUGCGUGGAAGGCACCACGUCUGUCUGGAGCCAAGAGUCCACGCAGAUCGCGGGGUUUUCUUCUGGGCUACGGGGAAAGUGGCCGGAAGAUGAAUUAUGUUCCACUGACAAGAGAUGAACGAACACACGAAAUUAAAAAGCUAGCUUCCGAGUCAGUGUAUGUGGUCUCCCUGCAGUCCAUGAACUCCCAGGGGCGGAGUCAGCCAGUCUACAGGGCUGCCCUAACGAAGCGGAAGAUUUCAGAAGAGGAUGAAAUGGACAUGCCUGAAGACAUCAACGUCCGGGUUAUGUCAUCCCAAUCUGUGCUUGUAGCCUGGCUGGAUCCUGUUUUGGAAAAACAGAAGAAAGCUGUUGCGUCAAGACAGUACACUGUGCGCUAUCGAGAAAAGGGGGAGUCAGCAAGGUGGGAUUACAAGCAGAUCUCCAACAGACGCGUGUUGAUCGAGAACCUGAUUCCAGACACCAUGUAUGAAUUUGCAGUCCGUAUUUCACAGGGUGAAAGAGAUGGCAAGUGGAGCACCUCUGUCUUCCAGAGAACGCCAGAAUCUGCUCCUACCACAGCUCCUGAAAACUUGAACGUCUGGCCAGUCAAUGGCAAAGCCACGGCUGUCACCGUAGCUUGGGAUGCGCUGCCUGAGACCGAGGGGAAAGUGAAAGAAUACAUUCUUUCAUACGCCCCGGCUCUCAAACCAUUUGGAGCAAAGUCCCUCACCUAUCCUGGCGACACUACUUCUGCCCUAGUGGACGGUCUGCAGCCUGGGGAACGCUAUCUUUUCAAAAUCCGGGCCGCUAACAGGAGAGGAAUGGGGCCUCACUCCAAAGCCUUCAUUGUCGCUAUGCCAACAACCCGGACCAGUGGGUCUGAUGUUGAGCAGAAAGCAGACGUGGAGGAUGAUUCCAAACCUGAAAAACCCAAGCCUUCUUCACCCUCUCAGAAAGCUCCAAGUUCCUCAAAACACACUCAUUUGCCUGUUUCUCCCCGGGGCAGAAAUGUCAACAAUCAGCUUCUUGACUUGAAGAACAAAAUAUUGGCUAACGGUGGGCUGCUCCAGCUUCCCCCCAGGAAAACUGAAAGGUUGGAUCUUCAGUUGACAGAACUCACCGAUGAGGAGGAGCUGGAUUCCCGAGGGGACCCACCGCCAUCACCCUCGGAGACCCAGGACCAGAAGCCACAGCAGAGGACACCAAGUAGAUCUGUCCACCCGGUCUUUGCUCCUGGAAGGACUCCAAUGAGAGCCCGAACGCCAGUACUGCCCCGAAAGGAAGGCGUAGAUAAGCGUGGCUCCUUGGUGGCCUCCCACCCUCGUCCAGGGGCGUCCCCUUCGGCCUCGGCCUCUUCUGUCCCCCACACACCCACUGAGGGCAGUCCUCGCCGCCCUUCUGGGGGGCCCUCUACCAACCCGCCUUCCAGCUCUAUUGACAAUGACUCCCUGGGCCCAGAGGAGGAAGAGCCAGCCGCAGGCUCCCGGCACCCCAAGGACGCGGUCUCCCAGCAGCUGCCUCCCAAGAGCGCAGCGCACUCGAGACCAGCCCUGUCGUCCAGCCGCCAGUCGGCCUGGAACGCCAUGCGGGACAGGGGCUCCGAGCCCCACAGCGCAAAACCAGCCUUGCCAGCUCGGAGGGCACCCUAUUCUGAGGAUGGGGAGGAAAAUUUGAGUGCUCCAGCCCCACCCUUGAGACUUUCUCCAACCUAUGGGGGGUCCUCUCGGCUGCUGCCCACGGAACCACACCCAGGGUCUCCACUCUCCAGGGGCUGGAAGGAUGGGCAAGCUACCAAGUUCAGUGUGCCAUCGCAGUCUUCCAAGUUUUCCUCGGUCUCUUCUCGUCUCUCCUCCAGGGCACAGGUCUCUGAGGGAGCGGAUGCGUCUGAUGGCGAUGACAAUGGCGAUGACAAUGAUGCAGAAGAUAAAAGGAGGCAGGCCGAGGCUACGGCCCCGACGUUUCGGGCCCGGCUGCCCGCAGGUCCGCCUGUCUCUGGACAUUUCAGUUUGCUCAGAAACAAGCCCUUUGCUGCCCAUGGGAGAUACCCAAACAGGUUUGGCAAUGGCCGAGGACUCCGGUUGCAGCCCUCCAGCUCCCCGCCAUCCACGGUGUCCCCCCGAGUUCAUUCGAGGGUGAGUUCUCACCCAGCUUCUGACCAUAGGCGUGGCUCCGAUAUCCAUGAAGAUAGUAAAGAGAGGGAGGCAGAAGACGAAACGCCACUUCCUGCCACCGUGGUGAAUGACCACAUGCCUUCCUCCUCCAGGCAGCCUGCCUUCCGGGGCGUGGACCACCUAAGAAGAGGCCCCCAGAGAGGGGCGAGCCUUCAGCGGAAGGAGCCCCUGGCAGAGAUCCCCAAAUCCGCCGGGACUUGGGCGGGUGCGCAUCCUCAGGGCAAAUCUGUGUCAAAGGCGCAGGAGGUUCAACAGAGCACCGACGUGGGCGUGGAGGGCGGUUCCCCCAAAACACAAUUGUCCCCUGCUCGGCCGUCCACGGCACGGUCACAGCAACACCCCGGGUCCAGCGUGCCCAAAAGGAUGGGUGCUGGGGCUGCCGCUCCGGAAAAGCAGCCUUCUUCAACCAUCUCCGGGUCCCAGCAGCAGCCCCGCGGCCCCCAGAGCAAAGAAGUGGGGCGUCCGCCUUCCAAGCCUGCGCUCCCCCAGGCUGGGCGUCCCCAACCCACGUUGCAGGAAAGCGCCUCCUUCUCGGACCCUUAUACGUCCAGAGACAGUCAGUCGCCACUCACAGCAAGCUCCCGAGGGGUGCUCCCCACGACUCCCCAGAAUCAGAAUGGGGAUUCUGACAGCACAGAAGCAGAGGCCAGAGGUGUCCGGGCGCCCGCACACUCGGCCCGAGCCAAGGACGCCACCCCGUCCCUUCCCAAGCACCGCCAGGUGGAGGCUCAGGCAGGAAGCGCGGGCGACAGUCACCUCCGCAGAGCCCCAGGCUUAUCCCCGAGGCCCAGCAGGCCCAGCAGCCCCCACCCCUACGCCCGCCCCAGGGCCCCGGGCAGAGCAGGGCCCCAGGCGGUGGGGAAGAAGGACGGCGCGUCCCGGGCCACGCCAUCCAAGAAGGAGCCGCUGACGUCUAAAUCUCAGCAGUCGGUCUCGGCCGAGGAUGAUGAAGACGCGGGGUUUUUUAAAGGAGGAAAGGACGAGGACCCUCUGUCUUCCUCUGUUCCAAAGUGGCCCUCCUCCUCCGUCCCCAGGAGCAGCAAAUAUGCCGAUGGGAACAUUGCUAAAGAGGAGAAGGAGCCAACCUUGGUGCUUGCGCCUCCCAAAGUGGGCUCCUUCCAGGACGAGAAUGACACCCCAGUGAAGCGCCCUCCUCCUCCUCCACCUCCUCCUCCUCCAGGCAGCUCUCCGAGAGCUUCGCACCUCCCGCCCAGACAGCCCCCUGGCAGCCCUGCCACCCCAAGUCCCACCGUGGGCCCCCCCGCCUGGCCGCGGUCCACCACCCGCGCCCCUCUUAUCUAUUCCUCCACCACCCCGAUGCUCUCCUUGCGCCAGCGCAUGAUGAACUCCAGAUUCCGGAACCCUCUCUCACGCCAACCUGUGAGACCCCCUUUCAGACAAGGUUAUAACGGCAGACCAGACGUAGAAGGGAAAGUACUUCCUGGUGGUAAUGGAAAACCCAAUGGACAAAGAAUUAUCAAUGGCCCUCAAGGAACAAAGUGGGUCGUGGAUCUUGACCGUGGGUUAGUAUUGAAUGCAGAAGGAAGGCACCUCCAAGAUUCUCACGGAAAUCCUCUUCGGGUUAAGCUAGGAGGAGAUGGUCGAACCAUUGUGGAUCUGGGAGGGACCCCCGUGGUGAGCCCUGAUGGCCUCCCCCUCUUCGGGCAGGGGCGGCAUGGCAAACCUCUGGCCAUUGCCCAGGAUAAGCCCAUUUUGAGUCUUGGAGGGAAGCCCCUGGUGGGCUUGGAGGUCAUCAGAACAACCACCCUUUCCCCCAUCACAACCCCACGACCCACCACUACCACGACCCCGAGGCCCACCACGACGACCCCGAGGCCCACGACCACCACCAAACGCCCAACGACCACCAUCCGAACCACUACGCAGACAACCACCACCACCACCACCCCUCAACCCACCACCCCCAUCCCCACCUGUCCCCCUGGGACCCUGGAGCAGCAUGACGAAGCUGGCAACCUCAUAAUGGGCUCCAGUGGGGUCCCGGAGUGCUAUCCUGAAGAAGAUGAGUUCUCAGGAUUGGAGACCGACACAGCCAUACCCACGGAAGAGGCGUACGUGAUCUAUGAUGAAGAUUAUGAAUUUGAGACCUCGAGGCCACCAACCACCACCACGCCCUCCACUAAGGCUGCCACACCCAAGGUCAUCUCACCAGAAGGCUCCAUUAGUUCCUUUCCUGAAGAAGAAUUUGAUCUGGCUGGAAAGAAACGAUUUGUUGCUCCUUAUGUGACGUACCUAAAUAAAGACCCAUCAGCCCCGUGCUCUCUGACUGAUGCUCUGGACCAUUUCCAAGUGGAAAGCCUGGAUGAAAUCAUCCCAAAUGAGCUGAAGAAGAGUGACCUGCCUCCUCAGCAUGCCCCCCGCAACAUCACUGUGGUUGCAGUGGAAGGCUGCCACUCAUUUGUCAUUGUGGAUUGGGACAAAGCAUCCCCAGGAGAUGUGGUAACAGGUUACUUGGUUUACAGUGCAUCCUAUGAAGACUUCAUCAGGAACAAGUGGUCCACUCAGUCUUCAUCAGUAACUCAUUUGCCCAUUGAGAAUCUGAAGCCAAACACAAGGUAUUAUUUUAAAGUUCAAGCCCAAAAUCCUCAUGGCCCUGGACCUACCAGCCCUUCAGUCUCAUUUGUUACAGAAUCAGACAAUCCUCUGCUUGUUGUGAGGCCGCCAGGCGGUGAGCCCAUCUGGAUCCCGUUUACUUUCAAACAUGAUCCUAGCUACACGGACUGCCACGGUCGGCAAUAUGUGAAGCGGACGUGGUAUAGAAAGUUUGUGGGAGUCGUUCUUUGUAAUUCACUGCGGUAUAAGAUCUACCUCAGUGACAACCUGAAAGAUACAUUCUACAGCAUUGGGGACAGCUGGGGAAGAGGAGAAGACCACUGUCAAUUUGUGGAUUCACACCUUGAUGGAAGAACAGGGCCUCAGUCGUACGUAGAAGCCCUCCCUACCAUUCAAGGCUACCAUCGCCAGUAUCGCCAGGAGCCAGUCAGCUUUGGCAACAUUGGUUAUGGAACACCCUACUACUAUGUGGGCUGGUACGAAUGUGGCAUCUCCAUUCCAGGGAAGUGGUAACCACAGGACGAUCAUGCUGAAAGCUCACCCUACCUGGCCCCCUUGACUAACUUGCACUAGGGGUUGUGAGCAGGAAAAGGAAGAUGGUGUCCCAAGCCCUACUGUCCCUGGAUGUCAGCAAGGCUACAUGAUGGACACUGGACAUUUUGAGCAUCUUCAGUCUGGAACUCAGUCCUACUUCUUGGUCUGGACUACACACAGGAUCAAUGUUGCUGUUAACUUUGCUUCUCCACACCUUUUGCUUGUAGUAGCACAUCCCAGAGACAGCAGAAACACACAGCUACAGGGGCUGCCCACUGAUUCCAGGGGACAGCAUAAAUAUGCUGUGCUUGCUUCAUGGAACGCUACACGCUUUCUUUUUUUUCAUUGGACUCCUCCAAAACUAGCCGAAUUUAAGCGUCAGAUCUUUUUCUGUGCAGUAGAACUGAAUUACUGAGAACACCAUCAAAGGAAAUAUAUCCUACUCAAGAUUUAUUCCAUGGACUUACCCACUGCUAGACCAAAUGUACCAAAUCUUAUUUGUAAAUUCUCAAUUUUGAUAUAUAUAUGUAUAUAUGCAUAUACAUAUCCACACUUGUCUGCAAGAACAUUGAUUAAAAUUGCUAAAUUUGUACUUUUUCACUC